AUCCUGGCUGGAAUGUACGGAAGACUUUAUGCUGUUUUCAUCAUGUGGAUUCGCUAGAGAAAUGACCUUCUUUGAUCAGCCAGGUAAAAUCAAAAACUUGUUUAUUUACUGCCUCUGCUCCCCACGGGUGCUGAGGCUGUGGACUUGCAGGCGACCGAGAACAAGGAGGAAUCUGCUGGUGGGCACUGCUUGUGUGAUCUACCUGGGGUUCCUUGUCAGUCAAGUGGGUCAUGUUUUACCCCAGCACAAAGGAGGACACCAAAAAAUCAGUUCCAGAAGUCUCCAAGAUGCAGCUCAAACUCCUUUUCUGGGCAUCCCACUGGAUGGCACCCUGUCACCACCCAGCUUCCAGGAACCCCAGCUUGGUGGCAAUGGGACCUCAGUGCCACCCAACGUAGUUUAUAUCACCCUGCGGUCCAAGCGCAGCAAGCCUGCCAACAUCAGAGGCACGGUGAAGCCAAAGCGCAGGAAGAAACAUGCAAUCCCUUUGUCCUAUGGGCAGCACUUUCCAAAAGCUGCUUUCACUGGCCAGGAAGAGACCUUUGUCCAGCAGCCGGGGAGAGCCACACGUGCCAUGGGCGCAAAGGGAGCAGCAAUAGCUCCAGAGGCAGGAAAGGACCACCUGGAUGAACACAGGCAGAAAGAAAUGGCAAUCGCGAAGCGAGGUCACCAGAGGCCUGGGGGGAUUUCUGGAGGUCUAAAGGCACAACGUCAGGCUGAGGAGAGCAAUAUCAGGAUUUACAGCGAGAGCUCUCCCUCUUGGCUGAGCAAAGAAGAUAUCCUAAGCAUGCGUAUGCUGGCAGAUUCUCCAAUAGAGAGCAUCCAAGAAGUACCCUCUCAGAAAGCAGUCCUGGUGGUGUUUGAGAAGGGUCCCAGCACCACAGAAGCUGCUUGUAAUCGAGGGCACUGUGGCAUCAUCAAAAGACCUCUUGACAUGAGUGAAGUGUUUGCCUUUCAUUUGGAUAGGAUCUUGGGGCUAAACAGGAGCUUACCUUCUGUAAGCAGGAAAUCGGAGUUCUUCCAAGCCGGUCAAGCCUGUCCUGUUAUUCUCUGGGAUUCCUCACUGAGUCCAACAGAUAACAAUACCCAUUCUUCAGUGAGAUUAACCUGGGGGAGAUACCAGCAACUACUGAAGCAGAAAUGCUGGCAGAAUGGUAAAGUUCCCAAAGUUGAGUGGGGCUGUACUGAAAUCCACCAUCAUGAAUGGUCCAAGAUGGCACUCUUUGAUUUUCUUCUGCAGAUCUAUAACCGGCUAGACAGAAACUGCUGCGGAUUCAAACCUCUGAAGGAAGAUUCCUGCGUGCAGCAAGGGCUGACGCUGAAAUGCAGUGAUCAGGAUGCUGUCGACCUGACACACAUAGUGCAGAGAAGGCAUGACCGAAAGCAUUUGGCCUUUAUAGACAAUAAUGGUUUCUUUGACAGAAGCGAGGACAAUCUUGACUUCAAAAUACUGCAAGGAAUCAAUGAAUUCCCUGAAUCUGCAGUUUCAGUGCUGAGGAGCCAGCGUUUACGGGAGAAGUUGCUUCAGUCUUUGUUCCUUGACAAAGUAUACUGGGAGAGCCAAGGAGGCAGGAAAGGAAUUGAAAAGCUUAUUGAUGUAAUAGAAAGGAGGUCCAAAAUUCUUCUUACUUAUAUAAAUGCACAUGGAGCCAAAGUAUUGCCCAUGAAUGAAUGAGCUUCUGAGGGACAGUCUAAAAAAAUUUGUGUGAGGCAAAAACUGACAGUAAAAUUGACUUACUUCAUAGGCUUAUUUAAUUUUUAUUUUUCCAAACUUUUGAGUUUAUUUUUAAAUAAGAAGUCUUACAUGGUUUAAAAGAAUCAUUUAAAUGUCAGCUGCAGCUCAACACGGUGCGGUUCUAUGUCACCAGUGAAAUGAAAUGAAAAAAUUCGAAUAGUACAAUAAAUGAUGUAGUAAUGUGCAUGCACCAUGAACACUCCUUCUGUUAAUAUAUUUGAGAAUUAGCAACAGUAUUUUCAGUACAUUAGUCUGGAUUAUUCUAACUCUCAUCAUUCAAGUCAGUAGAAGUUUUAUUGCAAAUUUAAAUGGGAACAGAGAUUUUAGGCACUUAACACAUUGAUGAAAACUGCCAUCACAUCUACAUACUGAAACAUACCUAGUACAGAAAUUUAUCUUUUUGACUAAGAACACUAAAAUUCCAACAUUUCCAAAUUAUUUUGAUCUUUUGAAAUCUAAGGACUAAAUUCAACUCCUUUAAAUGCAGGUAUAUUUCUAUUGGACGUGAAGAAAAUUUAGAUUCAGAGUAAGGAGAGCAUGGCUUUAACAAUAAUAAUUAAUUUGACAAAUGCAGUUUUUCCCUGUACAGUAUGGAGUAUACUUUGUCAUGAGUCAUUUGUUACAACGUAUUAUUUUCAGAAUGGAUUGGUUUGAUGUGUGGAUGGAUCGUCUGACAUUUCUGCCUGUUGAUUAACUGGGUGUUACUCACAGAAUCAUCUUUUAGUACUACCAUUUCAUUUUUAGCUAUUUAGCUUUAGCAUUGUGCAAAUAUGUUGCUAAAGUAAGUAUACACAUUUUGUUUUUGCAAUGUUCUUGACAUGAUAUUUUAGAAUACUAAUGAAAGACAGAUGCAAUAAUGAUGUGAGCAUUGUUAAAAUCAGAACAGAAAAUGUUGUUUGUGCUGCUUGCUCAGCUCUCGCCAGCAAUUCAGGCUCACGUUUUCUAUUAAGAUUGACCAUUGUGGGGUGAUGAUUCCAGCUGAUAACUUGCCCCAAGUUUUCAUACAGGUAAGGUUGUUAGAGAAGCUUGGACAAGCACUUUAGAUUCUUAGCCUCAAUCUGUUCCAGCAAAUACUCUGUUCCAAAAGUAAAAUAUCAACUGAUAUAGGCUGUCCUCACAUAUGCUUUCUACCUGUCUGUUUAAAAAGGUUCUUAUUGUCUUUCUAAAGGAAUAUCUAUUACCUUUUUGCCAUGAGAUGGUGGCAGAAGUUGAGUGGUUUCAUAGCUUCUCUUGUCUUCAUGUACAGUAAAAGAAACAUAGGGUGUGUAACAUUUAAAAAUAUUAUUGAGAGUGCUUGUGUAAUAUUAUUGUUUGUCAUUAUGAGAAACUAAAAUGUUUAAUAUUCAUGUUAAUGUGGUGGGUGAAUUUAAUGUCUUAAAUAACUACAAUUCCACUGCAGCUAAAACAGAUUUUCAUUCUUAGUAUCAAAAGAGCUAUUAGCAAUAAUUGCAAUACUAGAAGAAAUAGAUCUCAUUAAGAGCUUGGCCACCUAAAUAAUCUUUUAUUUUAUUUUGUCGGUAAAGGGCAGAUCCAUUUGUAAAAACUUCCUAGAAUUUACCAAUUACCUUGAGAGGCCAUCUUUUAGAGUGCCUUGGACUUUUUGAUUGCACCAGAGUAAAAUUGUAUAGGGUUUUCAUAUUAUCCCUUGCUUAAAAUGUUGUAACAAAUUAGCCCGGUAAUUUCUAUCACAGAAAUAAAGAUGUUACUGUAGCUUGCA